UUUGUAGUGUGAAAACAAGAAAAUUCUGAAGCCAGUGGCUAUUGAAUCUUUCCUAUUUAAGACUGAAUUUUGCAAUAAGACGAAUAACUUGAUCAAAUCAUGGCUACCGCCGGAGAAUCAUCAGCUCGUUCUCUGGAAAAGACACCGACGUGGGCUCUUGCCGUGGUUUUCUUUGUCAUCGUAUUCAUUUGCAUAAUCAUAGAACACUCUAUCCAUCUUCUUACCCACUGGCUUAAGAAACGUCGGAAAAAUGCGUUGAUCGAUGCAGUGGACAAGCUCAAAUCAGAAUUGAUGCUUCUGGGCUUCAUGUCACUUCUAUUGGCGGUGACUCAAAGCUUUAUAUCUAAUAUCUGCAUACCCACCAAGGUUGCUGACAUUAUGCUUCCAUGUCUUAAAGCCGUCGAAUCCGAAUCUCUUGAUGUAAAAAGUUUUGAGCACUAUGGAAAUAAAAAUAUUAAUCGAAACUUAUUAUCCAUGGAUGGUUUGUAUGAAUAUAUGGUAUGGCAAGCAAAUAGGCGACGACUAGAUGAUGACACUGAGGUUGAAGAUGAUGCUGCUGGUGCAGUUUCUGAUUCUUGCACUUCCAAAGGAAAGGUUUCUUUAAUAUCCACAGAUGGGAUCCUUCAGCUACGCAUAUUUAUUUGUGCGCUAGUAGUUAUGCAGAUUGUGUAUAGCGUCCUCACCAUGGCUUUGGGCAGGGCCAAGAUGAGGCGCUGGAAAACUUGGGAAAAAGAAACUCGAACAACAGAGUACCUGGCUGCAAAUGAUCCUGACCGAUUCAGAUUGACGAGACAAACAACAUUCGGUAGACGGCACGUAACUUCCUGUACAGAAACAUCAACUCAGCUCUGGAUUAAAUGUUUUUUCAGGCAGUUCUUUCGUUCAGUUGCAAAAGUUGAUUAUCUAACCUUGAGACAUAGUUUCAUUUCGGCUCACAUGUCAUCAGCUAGGUAUAACCAUUACUUCAAUUUUCAAAAAUACAUACAGCGAUCCUUAGAGGAGGAUUUCAAGGUCGUGGUUGGAAUCAGUCCUCUAAUGUGGUUUGUUGUCGUCAUUUUCUUGCUUCUAGAUGUUCACGGUUGGCAAAAGAUUUUUGCGGCGACAACCUAUGUUCCACUCUUGAUAGUGCUACUUGUGGGAACCAAACUUGAAACAAUUGUGGCGAAAAUGGCUCUUCGUAUCAAUGAAAGAACCGAUGUGAUCAAGGGGACUCCCCUGGUUGAACCUAGUGAUAAACUCUUCUGGUUCGGACGCCCGCGAUUUGUUUUGAUUCUUCUUCACUUUACUCUAUUUCUGAAUGCAUUUGAGCUUGCCUUCUUCAUUUGGGUUUCGACACAAUUUGGUGUAGACUCUUGCUUCCAUGAGCAUACUGCUAUCACUGUAACAGGGGUGGUAUUAGCCAUAAUCGCUCAAGUCCUGUGCAGCUAUAUCACUCUUCCUCUAUAUGCACUGGUGACACAGAUGGGUUCACAAUUCAGGAGUAGAGUACUAGAAGAACAAACGGCUAAGAUCAUAAAGCAAUGGCAUACCGAAGUGAGGGAGAGAAAGAAGAAAGAGGAGGAAUAUGGUUUACAUUCUCCUCCUCGAAUUUCUUUGUCUAAAGAGUGGAGCUCCAAGAUGGGUAGUCCCAUUAAUGAAUUCUCUUCUCUGAUCCAAAGACUCGUGUCAAUGCCUAAAGAAAGCAAUAAUAAUAAUCAGUUGGCUAACAAAGGAAAACUCGUACUCGUAGAUGAGGCAAGCUCAUCAAGGAGUCCAUCCCCAGUGGUGAAGCGAGAAAUGCUGAUGCUAAGACGACACUAGUCAAAAUGUUUAACCAUUGAAAGAGUCAUAACAUAACGAGUCCAAUGUUUUCUAUUCUAUGCUAAACCUGCGAAAGGGACAUGAAGAUAGAUGAUGAAGAAGAAAAUAAUUAAGUUGUGUAGAUGUUAGUAUCCUUUUGUAUAAAUAUAAUUGUUAGACUCUGAUGGGAUUAAGGUUCUUAAAUUAUUUAUAGAUGUUCAAGUGGAGGGUUCAGGACUUAUAUUUUCUUGGAUUAAUUAUCUCUGU